CGCAGUUUGAAACAAACUUUGAGAGGAAAGUCACUGAAAAAUAUAGAGGAUUUUUCAAAAGUUAUAUAUUUUUUAAAACUAGCAGGUUGUUAAACUUUUUUAAAUAAAACAAUUUUAGGUGUUAAACCAGUUCUGUCGUACAAUUCAUUCGUGUGAAUGUCAACAAUGGCGGAAUCGACUCCUUCAAGUUCUUCGGAAGGCAAUGAAUUGAAUGAAAUGAGCGAACAAGCUCAGCCAGUUCUUGUUACGUUUGAUGAUGUGUCAACAGCUCAGUUUAGAAUCCGAGAUAGUGUGCCUCAAACUCCUUGCGAGGUAACAUAAUUUUGUACGAACAUAAUUUCUAAUGAGAUACGUUUAAUUCAAUGUCGUAAUUAUAAGCAAGUUACAAAAUGUCACAAAGCGGACACGUUUUACUGAGCCAAUAAAUCCUGGACUUGUGACAAUUAGUUGACGUAGUUUAUUAGACGCUUCGAAAAGAUGUUUAUUAUACUUAGAGGUUAGAAAAAUUAUGGGUCAAAAAUGAAGAAUACUUACCAGUUACGGCCAGGGGCGGAUUUAGACUUGAGCAAACGUUGCAAAAGCAACAGCCAGAAUUCUCGAAAAAAUCAGUCGUCAAAAAAUUGGAUAAAACGAUUUAUUUUACAAAUUUUGUAUUGAUGUGCAAUGCAAGUAAAUUCAAUUAAUUUUUAAAUUGAAGCAAUUCAGUGAUUAACAUGAAGUAUUUGCUCAUAAAUCAAGUAAACGCGAUCGGUGAUCGUUGUCAACAUUGGACAAAAUAUACUAGCAAAAGUAGAAAUUACGCAUAGGCAUAUUCAUAGUUGCAUUUUAUUUUCAAAGUUUUUAAAUUAUUUUGCGCAAUGGAUACGAAUUACUCAAACGAUUCCUCUAGUAAUUAUUCUAGAAGCGGUGUUUCAAACUACGAAGAAAUGAUUAACGAUCAAAACAUGAUUCAAACAUAUGCUUAUGAGCCGAUUGAAACAGAUUCUAGCGACGAGCCUAUGGACGACGCCGACGAAUUUGCCGCUGCAUCAUAGAAUGAAUCCGCCAAACCGCGCAUUGACGUAGCGACGAAAAACCGCUGCUGGACGGCGGCUUCCCUUGCAAGUACACAAUGGCGAUCGAACAAGAGGCAAAAAUAAACACAUUUAAGGCAUUAUUUCUCGAGUUAAAUUUGAAUUGGAAACCUAGGAUUUCGCGAGAGAGACAACGACAACAUGUCAAAUGGAAACGAGCGGGAAAGAAUAUCACCGGCAAAGAUUUGAAAAUGGUUACAAUUUAAAAACGCCUCAAGAUAAAAUAUUAACAGACGGUGAAUUUAGAUUACAUGUUUGUAAUUGGGCUUUAGAUCAUUAUUUUGGUGGCACAAAUACAUCUGAUUUUCUUAAUGGGAAGUCACAUUUAUCAAAAAUCAAAUACUUGGAAGAAUGGAAUAAAGCUGUAAAAACCGAAACACAAGCAAACAGAGAUAGAAUACGCUCUUCGAAAUAUCAAUUGAAACAAUUAAGAGAGGAAAACAAUUUAGAACAACAAAGAAAUAACAACAAUUUUUAUAAAUUACAAGGCGAAAUAGAAGAAAGAGAAAAACGACACCGUGAAGAAGUAACACAAGCAGCAAGAAGAGGUAGAAAUGAAGCUUCUCCUGAAAUUGAAAGACAAAAUCAACAAGAAAAUCAACAGUCUCGACAACAGCAACAAACUUUUACUACAACUAAUGAUGAUGACGAAGAGCAACGACUUCAACAACAAGAGAUUAUAUAUAUUCCUGAUGAUAACGAAGAACAACAUAGCGAAGAAAAUCAAACAGAAGAACAACAACAAUUUAGAAAUGAUGAUUUUAUAACACAUUGUAGAAAUAAUGCACAUUAUAUUUCAAUUUUUUUAAAUGAUUUAGAAUAUUAUAAAAAAUGUAGAUUAAAGAAAGAAUUUAUUGAUGAUUGUUUCAAUCAUGAAAGUAAAGUUCAAGCCUUAAUAGAUAAAUUAAAAGCAACGAAUCGACAGCGAAACAAUAGAUUUCAACCAUAUUGAAAAUAAAAAUGUAAUUUAAAAAUAUGAAUAUUAUAUACAGUUUUGUAAGAAGUUCAUUUUACAAAAAUGAUAUA